CGGUCCACGCCUGUUUUUCGUCGUCACACAACCAACAUGGCGAAGAAACAACGUGGGAAAACAACAUCGCCGUCAAAGACGGCGCACAACAAAAAACAGGCAGAAGAUUUCAGUUUGGUGGUCGAGUCCAGCGACGAUGAGGCGCCCGAAGAGGUGACCUUUGAAGACUCGAGAGCUGAGGCUCUACGGAGCAUGAAACAGGCGCUGGACACAGCCAGGAGGGAAAAGGAGCUGCUGAAAGAGAAGAGGAGGAGGAGACAGGAGCUGUUCCAGGAACAGAAGAAAAGAAAACUCUUACCGGCUGAUGUGUUGGAGGAAAUCGACUCACCUUCUCCAAAGAAGCAGAAACAGUCUGAGGAUGAAGCUCAUGAGGAACAGCAGGACGAUGAAGAGGAAGGAGAGGGAGAGGAAGAGCAAGGGAGGACGAAAAAGAAGAGGAGUGGGAAACUGGCACAUUCUCGAAAUCUGAAGGGAAACUACACGGUGGCCACGGUGAAGGAGCGAGGGCUGGCGUCCUUCCAGCAGCAGGCGGCCCAGGAUUUCAUCCAGUCCAGACUGUACGGACCAGGGAGCGGCAGGACCACAAGUAACGAGCUGCUCUCGCUCCAGAACAAGAAAGGGAGGAAUAAACGUGCAGCGGUUCAGUUUGUCAAGAAAGACUGGGCCUGUAAGGAGAAAGCCAAAGCAGAGAAGCUGAAGAAGAGGUGGAUCCACAAGCAGCAGGUUCCCUCCUGCUGACCGGAUGUCCCCAGAAACCUCGAUCUGGACCUGGACUUCUCUGCACUGCGCGUUGGAUUUAAAUGGUCCCCAAACAUGGCCGACCGUCAGAAACUCGGAGGAAGACGUCGUUUAAAUUUGGGCUGGGACUCCGUCUGGACCUGGGGGAGUGUGUUUUCACCAAAAUAAAAGUCCUUUGACAGACUGACAGUUCGAGGCUCUCGUAACCUGAGGCUCCUCCUUGUUCAUAAACUGGAACAGCAGAACAUGUGGAGACACCGUCACCUGUGAUGAUUCUCUGCUGAGAUGUGGGAAGCAGGUGACCUGUUCUCUUUGUUAAGUGACUGUAUUAAUAAAUGCUUGUUGUUAUAUCUUUAAAUAUUUUUACAACACAAAAUAAAGACACACGCUCAAAAGCUUCUUUAAAUGAUCAAAAUAAUCAGUGAUUCAUUUUCUGUUUAUCCACAAAUCAAUUCAGCUCCAAGACGACAGCAGAGAAAAUGAUCAUUUAAAUAUUCACGGUAAACUAAAGGUUCCACUUACUAGCUUUUCCUGAGCUUUCCACCGCACCUCAGAGUCUUCGUCUACAAACAGAGCGGAGGUGGACUUUAUGCUCCUGUGGUCACUAAUGAACUUUUACAUUUAAU